AUGAGCAUACCAACUCACGAGAAGGCCGUGAUAAUAGGGAUCUCCGGGCCCUCGAGCAGCGGCAAGACAACCCUUGCGCGGCUACUGCAGCGCAUAUUCUGCGGGGUGAAUCUUAAACCCAAGGACUCACCUCUAAACACGUUCAUAAUCCACGAAGACGAUUUCUAUUUCCCAGACGAUCAAAUCCCCUACACAACAACCGCCUCCGGAACAAAAAUUCAAGACUGGGACACAGCCGCCGCAAUUGACAUCCCCUUCCUCUCGCAAGCACUGCACUACGUACGCGAAAAUGGGAGGCUCCCGCCGCGCCUACAGAGCAAGGAAGACCAGAACGACGAGACAUCUUCCGGCGUGCCAGACGAAAUAGUGCAGGAGUUGAGGGAUGUCGUUGGUUCUCGGUUGCGGGAUGGAACAGCAGGGAAGAGCACCGAGAGCCCGACCAUUGCAUUCUUAGAGGGUUUUUUGCUCUUUGCGCCUCCCCAGUCUAAAUCCGAGCAAGAACAGCACGUCCUCCGUUCCGUUCAUGACGCGAUAAAUCUUCAUCUCUUCCUGCCUGCGGCGUACGAGCUUGUUAAGGCUAGACGCGAGGGAAGGAGUGGGUACGUGACUGUCGGGCCAGCGCCGGAACCGCCAGUGCAGACUACAGAGGAUGGGGGAGAUGGAAAAACGAGGACGGAGAUUGAUCUCGAGGCUGAGGAUGAUCGUCCGCCGCAGAAUUUCUGGGUCGAUCCGCCUGGGUAUGUGGACGAUGUUGUCUGGCCGCGGUAUGUGGCGGACCAUGCUUGGUUGUUGAUUUCUGAUGAUGAAGACGAGGAUAAGAAGGGCGGGAGCCAGGCUCUGGCGGAGGCUGAUCUUGUUCGGAGGGUUGGGGAUGGGACUAGGGCUAGGACUGAUGUUGGGGUUGAGGUUGCACCGGGCUGUGGGAGUGCAGGGAUGGAUGUUGUUUUGAGAUGGGCUGUUGAGUUGAUUCUAGGAUAUUAUUUGGAUCGGACGUAG